AUGGAGGAAAAGGUCGAGACCGAGCGGGUGGAAGACCGCACCAUCGAGGAGAAUGCACCCACAAAGGGGCAGCCAGUGAUGCGAUCUACCCUCGACAAUCUGAGCAUCUGGGAGAGUUUGCGACGGUACAAAGUCGUGACCAUGAUCGCGAUGGCUGCUGCGUUCAGCGCGUCGCUGGAUGGAUACCAGAUUAAUCUGAACGGCGGCGUUGUAUCGAAUAAGGGCUUUAUUGAGCAAAUGGCAAACCCGGAAACGUCCAUCAUCGACGGCAAAUACAUCUCCGCCUGGGGUGGGAUUCAGUCUGCUGGGCAGACUGUUGGACAAAUUCUUCUGCAGUAUGCCACCGAUGGAUAUGGACGAAAGAUUGCACUAUACAUCAUCUUCCUUACUUUUAUUAUUAGCGUCUUCAUCGAGUCCUUCGCGACACACUGGGAUCACUGGCUGGUGGCAAAACUGUUCUCCGGCAUGGGCGUUGGCAUGCUGCAGUCGACAAUGCCCCUGUACCUGUCGGAGAUUUCACCCACGCAGCUCCGUGGCUUUCUCAUUAACGCCUAUAGCUUCUGGUUUGUUAUCGGCCAGCUAUUUGCCUCCGUCGCCUUGAAUCGCUUGAAUGCCUCCGAUCCGUAUAAUUUCCGAACACCCAUUUACACCCAGUGGGCAAUGGUUGGUCUCUCCGGGAUAAUCUUCGUCGCCGUCCCUGAAUCCCCGUGGUGGCUGGUUGGAAAGGACCGGCACGAGAAGGCGAUGAAAGUCCUUCAUCUGUGCAAUGGCACAGUCGAGGGCUAUGAUGUGCAAGAACAGAUUGGCAUCAUGACAGCAACAAUCACAGAAGAGCGUCAACAGGCCCAGCGCGAUGAACAGCAAGGAACGUGGGCGGUUUUCCAAGGCCGAAACCUCCUCCGGUUUAUAAUCGCCGGGUGGCCCAAAAUAACGCAGCAGUUUGUUGGACUGUCGGUGUUCAAUACCUAUGCUACCUACUUCUUUCAAUACGCCGGAAGCGAUGAUCCGUUCCUCGUAACGCUUAUUCUAUCCUGCGUCCAGAUAAUUUCUAUGAUUAUCACUUGCACACUGACGGAUCGUCUCGGGCGUCGACCAUUGACCGUAUAUCCCUACGCCGUGACAGUUCUCUCCGUCCUAGCCCUUGGAAUAGUCGGAUGCUUCGACUAUACAACGCCAUCAUUGAGUUCCCUUCUAAUAUUCUUCGCCUGCCUCGCAACCUUCUCCACAACCGGGGCCUCUGCAAUCGGAUACGCCUACGCCGCCGAGAUCCCAUCACAGCGAUUGCGCGCCCAAACCGCCGGAUGGUCACUUGCGUCGUCAAACAUGGUAGCCAUCAUGUUCAGCUUCUGCACGCCACUAAUGAUAAACGAGGGUGCGACGAAAUGGGGUGUUAAAACGGGUUUCUUUUUCGCGGCAACCGGUGCGAUUUCGGUUGUUGUUGCUUGGUUUAUCUUACCUGAAGUGACGAGGCGGACGCCGGCUGAGAUUGAUGAACUAUUUGAGAAGAGAGUCAAUCUGCGAAAGUUCGACAAGCAUGUUACUGACGUGCAGAUUAACGCCAUCGGGCAGGGUAAGGGGGAGGAAGCGUAG